GCCGCGCACCGCGGACCGCUCGCUCCCCCGUCCGGCGGAGAAGGGAACUGCGGGGCACAGCGUCGCGCGCGCGGACGAGUCGCGCGACCGGAGCAGCUCCGCGCCGCGAAGUUCCCGCCCGGCGCUCGGACACGAAACGACUGUGAGCAGCGGGAGGGAACAGAAGAGACCUUCCGCGUUUCCGCUGAUCGUCAACACACAGCGGAGGCGCGCAGCCGCGCGCAGCCGCCCGCACCCCCUCCCCCUGCCUUGCCACGUCGAACCCACCCGGUUCCCCCGUGGAGAGAGGGGGGCUCCGCGGACGGCCACGGAGGGGCAAAGGCGCGCUCGCUUGCAGCCUCAGAGCCUGCUCUCGCUCCCAGCUCCUCUUCCUCUGUUCGGAUAGCGAGGUCGGGCGGAACUACUGCCUUCUUCUCCUCCAUUUGCGUCUUUCUCCUCUUUCUCCGCUCUCCUCUUCCUCACAUGUUACGAACAAGUUAAACUGUGCGCCUGUUUCAUACCGCCACGGCCACCGUGCUACCAAGUUGUGGAACCUGCGGCUGCGCAGACGGAGCCUACCGCGUGGUGCUUGGCUCCCCCAACCCCUCCGUAGUGCGCAGUUUGGUGCCGCUGUUUUGCAGUCGGAAGGUUGUUGGUUCGAAUCCUACUCCUGCUGUAAUACCUCUCGUUUCCAGCCAUGCAGCCCGCUGUCUCUCCUGUCCUGAUCUGCCUGCUGCCCUCGCUAGUUCUACUGCCCCGUCUAGUGAUCCUUAAGGACCUUGCGGGUGCUGAAGCCCUCCUUUCAGCUGUGGGGGGUGCCAGCUGGACCCUGGCGCUGCGCCUCUACCAGGCCAUGCGAGCAGACAACGUCCAGAACCCCGUGUUUUCCCCGCUUCUGCUGGGCAGCUCAUUGAGUGCUGUAGGCAGGGGGGCCAAGGGGACCACCGCAGGGCAGUUCCAGGACAUUCUUGGGGCCUCCAGUCUCCCAACCCCAGAGCAGGACAAAGCUCUGGCCUCCGUCUACGGUGCCAAUGGGACCAGCUUCAGACUGCACAGCUCUUCGGCUCUGUUUGCAGGCUCAGCCACUGCCCUCGAUGCGAGCUUCUUGAAAGAAGCCCGGACUCGGUUCAGGGUGGACCACGUAGUGCUGGGCUGGGAGGACAAACGGGCCACCCGAGAGGCCCUCCACACCUGGGCGAGGGGCGGCAUGGGCAAUGCCGACGCAGCACAGCUCACUGGGGAGCUGGAGGUCAAGUCAGGGGCUGUGGUCCUUGCCAAUGCCCUGAAUUUUAAAGGCUUCUGGGACAAAGGCUUUGAAGAUGAUGAGCAGGACCUCCGCAGUUUUCUUGGGACUACAUACACCAAGGUUCCCAUGAUGCAUAAGUCAGGCAUUUACCGUCAUUAUGAGGACAUGAAGAACAUGGUCCAGGUUGUGGAGCUGGGCCUCUGGGGAGGCCGUUCCAGCAUGAUCCUCCUGCUCCCAUUCCAUGCCGAGUCCCUGAUCCGACUGGACAAGAUUCUAACCCAGGAGCUGCUGGUAGAAUGGCUUGGGAAACUAACUGAGCAAAGCAUGGCCAUUUCCCUGCCCAGAAUGAGGCUGAACAGUGCCCUGAGUCUACAGAAAUACUUGUCUUCUCUGGGCCUGACUGAUGCCUGGGAUGUACAGAAGGCUGAUUUCUCUGUGGCGGCAGGCCAGGUGGCCAAUCUGGGCCGGCUACACCUGGGUGGGGUCCUCCACUGGGCCUCCUUGGAGCUGUGUCCCGAAUCAGGCCAGGACAACGGUCAGGUAGAAGAUAAGGCGAUAAAGAGGCCAAAGCUGUUCUAUGCAGACCACGCGUUUAUCAUCCUGGUGAAGGACAACACGACAGGUGCACUUCUGCUGAUGGGGGCGCUUGACCACACGAAGGAACCCAUGCUGCACGAUGAGCUGUAGACAUGCUGCUUUGAGGCUUGCACCAACUCUCGUGCUCCCACACACCCUUAGAAACACAAGCACUGACACCCUCGCUCUGACACAACUAACAGAGACUGACAGUUGUUCACAAACAGUGACGCGCUUAGAUGUUCACAAACUGUCGACAAGCUGACAUUCACAUUCAAAGUGAGACUCUGUGUUGUUGCCACAAUGGGGCUUCUUCAAAAAGCAUUAACAUCAAACUGUUCUUUUUUAAAAAUAAGAGGAAUAGAGGAUAAACACUGCCUUUCCUUUUGCCGUAACUAAAAUGUGAUUUAAUGAGAUGUUCGUAUUAUAGGGGUAAACCAUUUUUAAGGUGAUGUAGAAGCUUCACGAAUAACCUCAGCCGCUGACAUUGACAUAGGGGAAGCCCAACAGAAAUUGUGACACGGAUUGAGAGAGGAGACUACUGCAGUUUCUCUUCAGUAUAAGCCAUCAUGAUGAAGCAUCCCUACAGUCUCUUUCGAGGAGAGAUCACUACGUCAGAAGGUUAUCGAUGGGGGUGGCUUGUCUUUAUUAAAUUUAUUAAUGACUCACAUCCGCCAUUGGCACUGCAGCAUGUCAGUGGUAACCCCUUUCCCCAUUUAAUUUUCCCAGGAAUCGAUGGAGGCUGUGGCUGUCCAUGGAGCAUUUGUGCUGAGGCUUGUGACUAAUUGUGAAAUUUCUGUAUUGUUAUUGUUUAUUAUUUUUACAAUGGCCCUCAGCUUUAUUGAUUUGUUCUCAUUUGUAAAUGUUACCCCUGUUGUGGACAGCCUUAGUAAGGCAAAGAGGAGAAAACACAUGACUGAUCACUACAGGCGAAUAAACUGACAUCAGGCAGGGAGUGGGAAGAUGGAGAGGUGCUGUCAAGUGCGUUACACUGCAUCCAAGUGAUAUUUUAAUUGUACGAAAAAAAGGCAACUAGUGUUCAGGGCACUAAAUAGUUGGCCUGUCAAAUAAAGCUGUUAAUGUAAGAAUUAGUCUUGGUUGUGCGGUAAAUCUGUGACACAUGAGAGUUUUGAGGGAAUUAAAACUUCAUAAUGUGAUUUCUGAGUGAAAGCACUCAGUUAUAGAAUGGUGUAAUAUACA